GAAAGCGGAGCCUCAGCUCCGGGCUCCCUGCACUGCGCUCUCUCUCCCCAACUUGACAGCUCACAUUCUCCCCCCGAGGCCGAAUCCCCUUUCUCCCGGUGCCUCACCAAUUUCGAUCGACGGCGCAAGGCGGCCGGCCGGAACCCAGUCGAGUCGAGCUCCUCCCGGCGCGGCCUUCAGCAGUGCGCGGCGCUCCAGCUCGUCUUCACCGUCCAGCCCGAAGAACAUACAGGAUCUGAAGUAUCAAGCUCUUUAAUAUUCCUUCUCCCGGCAGCGGCGCACUUCGUCGGUUUUGUCCCGCUCGGCACUCUCCUCCCAGGCUCCCACCUAGUGUUUGCCGGUGGAAAACCAAAGAUGAAGCGGAGCAGCCUCGCGUGCGCGGCCAUCGGUCUGCUCGUCGCGUUCGGAUGGCUCGCAGCUGCUGGAGACUGCAGUCUUUCCCUCAAGUUCUGCGUCAUGAGGGAUUGCAAGACCAAAGGUGAGUUCUGGAAGUGGAAACCGGACUGCUUCUGCUGCGUCGUGCAGCCGGGCGUUCCGUGCUGGCACACGGUUAAGGAGUGCCAGGCAAAUUGCCGGGCCUGCAGCCCCAAGUGCUAGCUAGGAGUUACAUGUGUGAUCAUGUGUGUGUCUAUGUCCAAUGUUAGGAAAACCUGAUGCUACGCCCUGUUUGCUGUUGCAACCCCUGUCUACGUGUGGUACUACGCCUGUUUGCUGCUGUACUGAGGUGCGAGGCUGGGUUUUGUGAGUUCCAAUCUGCUUUGGUUUUGCCACACCCAAA